CUCUCCGUCCAUCCAUAAGUGUAUCGAAAUGAAGUUUACGAUACUGGUGGCAUCGGUGGCUGUCGUCAUCACGGCAACACUGGCGCUGGAGUUCGAAAGCAGGAAGCUGCACCCGGACGCUGGCGUGCACGAUGACGGAGGGCUGUCGAUGCUGGAGCAAACGCCGGCCGAAGACCGCCAGUGGCAGGCGGUGAAGAAGCACGAGAAGCGCCAGACGGGCAAAAAGAUCCACAUCUUUCUCGGCAAGCCGAAGGGCAAAAAGUCCAAGAAGCAUGCCGCCGGUGCCGACGGUGAGCCGGAAACGCAGACACGCAAAACGCCCGAGCUGACGACCCGCUCGGACAAGGGCGUGAUCGACACGACGUCGGACGCGCCGGAUGCGGCGGUGGGCGAAAGCCAACACUACGACAUCGGCGAGCAUAACAUCGUGAAGGAGAAGAUCAAGAUCAAGCACCAUCACCAUCACCAUCAUCACAAUCACGUCAAGACGGUGGUCAAGAAGGAACCCUACCCGGUGGAAAAGGUCGUCCAGGUGCCGGUCGAGAAGAUUGUGCACGUGCCGAAGCCCUACCCGGUGGAGAAGAUCGUCGAGAAGGUGGUGCACGUGCCGGUGGAGAAGAUCGUGCACGUUCCGAAACCGUACCCGGUGGAGAAGAUCGUCGAGAAGGUGGUGCACGUGCCGAAGCCCUAUCCGGUGGAGAAGAUCGUCGAGAAGCCGAUUCACGUGCCGAAACCGUACCCGGUGGAGGUGAAGGUACCGUACCCGGUCGAGAAGAUCGUACACGUGGACAAACCCUAUCCGGUGGAGAAGAUCGUCGAGAAGGUGGUGCACGUACCGAAACCCUAUCCAGUGUACAAACAGGUGCAGGUCCCCGUCCCUGUUGAGGUGAAGGUCCCGUACGAAGUUCCGAAGCCCGUACCCUACCCGGUGGAGAAGAAGGUCCCGUAUCCGGUCGAGGUGAAGGUCCCGGUUGAGGUCGAGAAGAAGGUCCCGGUGCCGGUUAAGGUGGAGGUGGAAAAGAAGGUCCCCUAUCCGGUGAAAGUGUACGUGCCGCAGCCCUACCCGGUGGAGAAGAAGGUCCCCUACCCGGUGCCGGUGAAGUCGGGCUCCUUCCCGUUCCCCUUCGACAAGGACAUUUCGAGCAGCUACGCGAACAGCUACGCGAACAGCUACUCGAACAGCUACUCCAACACGAAGCUGCAUCCGUUCGAGUCGCAGCACCACGAAGAGUACGCCGGCUCGGAUGAUAGCUACCGGCGCACCACCAAGACCGGCUACAAGAAGGGCAAGGGCAAGAAGUCGAAAAAGACGGAACAGCAAACGCAGCAGCAGCAGCAGCAGCAGCAUCCCUCGAGUGCACCGGUGACGGAGGAUAACAGCGAGACGGGCCAGACGGGCAUGGGCGCAUCGUACUCGGCACUGAGCACCGGCACGGAUCAUGGCGCACACUACACGCAGACCACGAUCUAUCACGGAGGUUCCGGCCAUCAGGCACAGCAGGAACAGCAGCAGCAUCAGCAGCAGCAGCAGCAGCAACAGCAGCACCAGCAGCAGCAGCAACAACACCAAGCUCUUCUUCAGCAGCACCAUGACCAACUCCAGCAGUAUCACCAGCAACAGCAGCAACAGCAACAACUACAGCAGCAGCAGCAGCAGCAGCAACAGCAACAACAGUACGGUAGUCAAGAUGCCACUACCUUCUUCAACCAGCAGCUCAUCCAUUACGGCCAACAAGCAAAGUACGGUCCAUCCACCUUCCCGAGCCAAUCGUCGCAGGGUGCCGACUACGCUACGGCUCCACAGUCCACCGGUCAGGACGGUAGCAGCCAGCAGCAGUACGGUCAGUACGGUGGAUCGGACCAUUACGGUUCCGGCUCAAACCACCAGGAGGUGAUGGUUUCACCUCCGUCCGGAUCUGCCGCUUCCGGAUACGGCCAACAGCAACAGCAGCAGCAGGCAACUUACGCCCUGACGGCUCCAUCCAACCCGGGCGGUAGCUUCCAGCUCGAGUCUCAGCCCCAGCCGUUCCAGCUGCUACAGUUUGCACCGUUCCAGUACCAGACGCCGACCGGUUUCUCGCUGCCAACGGCUCGAUAAAGUGAGGGAUCAUGAUCAUCGUUCCCAUCAUCGUGAGACUGACACCCUUCAAAAGCAAAGCCAAAGAGACACCCUUCUGUAGCCUGCGCGCACAUCCAUGGCUAGAAUCGGAGUUCGCCCGGACCGAUGCCGUUUGGAGGAUUCGUUAACUUAUGUAGCCCACCGUGCGCAGGGCUUGGGCGCAGUGAAUGGUUUGUUUUGUUGUUGUUUUUUUUUUAUAAUGAUUCUUGUGUACUUUUUGUGUUUAGCAUUAUGAAAACGUUUUGUUUCUGUUUUUUUUAUUUGCCAAUUUUAAUGCCCGGUCAACAACCGGUGGCUGGGAGGUGAUCGUACGGGAAGGGGCGUACUUGAGACGACCCACGGAUGGGCUGUUUUUGUGAAACAGUCUGCAUCCGUGAUUCGAUUGUAGAGAGUCGCUUUCGCCCCCAUUUCGAUCCUCCUGUACACCGUUGCAGACACACACACACACAUACACAUACGCCUGGCGAUCGCAUGAUAAAAAGAUCGCAGAAAAUCGAAAUUUUAUAAAUGGAGGUGCAUCGCUUCGAUGUGACCUUUGUUUGCUAGAGGCUAAGAUGGCUGCUAAGUAGUAGGAUCAAAAUGUUAACAGACUCCUUUUCCGAUGGCUGGCAGAUAACAGACGCGCAGCGUGCUUGUAAUGAGUACUGUUCUCGUCCGCAAGCACGAGCUGGUCGGUCUCGCUCAGGAGUGUCGGAAAGGGAAUUUUAACGUUGGACUUUUACCGUAUUAUUGUACAUAUUAUUCUUCCUUCUG